UUCUUAAUGAGAAAAUAUCUAAUACGGAACAAACAAUUCGGCAAGAUCUUGGGCCGUCGUUGUUGUCCUUUUAUUUAAGUAAUUCACAGUCUCCCGACGAGGCCUUAUCUUGUUGAAUCAGAGUGUAAAACAUGGGACCACGAGCCGGAGGAUUUAGAGGAGGGUCUCGAGGAGGGUCUCGAGGAGAAUCUCGAGGCGGAUCUCGAGGCGGAUCUCGAGGCGGAUUUCGAGGAGGAUUUCGAGGAGGAUCUAGGGGAGGACCUCGAGGAGGAUCUAGAGGAGGAUCUAGAGGAGGACCUCGAGGAGGCGCUCGAGGCGGAAGGGGGCGAGGCCGAGGUGGCAGAGCCAGGGGAGGUUCCAUGGGUGCAGAGGCAUCGCGAUUUAACACCAGGCUAGGAGAGAAGGAGUCAUCAGAUGAAGAAGUCUCUGAAGCGGAGUCUUAUGUUUCCGAUGAGGAUGAAGAACUGGAUGACUCUAGCUCUGACGGUGAGGAGGCUGAGGAGACAGCCAACGCACCACCUCCAUAUAUGGCUCUUAUUCAAAGCUUCACCCAGGACACUGAGCGGAACCCAAAGAGGCGUAAGCUAGACAAUGGCAACGCAGCCGAAGCCCUUCCGUCUCAGCAGGGACCGGGCCAAGACGAGGAAGAGGCAUCCGAAGAGAAAAAGGAUGUUGACUUCGCUGAUGAGGCCGAGGAGGACCCCGCAGACGCCUUAGCCGAGGCAGAGUUUGAGCACGAAAGCGACGACGAAGACGUCGAGGAUGCCUCGGAUCCUUUCGAUAGUCAUUUCACUACGCCGGACCAGGAGACGACCGCUGAAAAAGUCAAGGCGAUCCAAGACGGUAAAUGGACGUCAAAACGUAUCAUGACCAAGCUCUCCAAGGCCGUCUUGAUGCUACCAGAGGUGGAGGGAGCUGAUGACGUUGCCCUCCCGUCGCCGAUCCCGGGACUACAAGCAUUGAGGCUCAAGCAGAAGCUAAGCAACAUGGCAUCUCGCAACCUACCAUCUUUCGACAGUUUACAGCAAGCUUUCGCGCCGAUAAUGUUCAAUUACCAUGACGUUUUGUACGGUGCCCGGAACGUUGGGAACGCGGAAAAAUUGAGGCAGUUAACAUGCCUUCAUGCUGUUAAUCAUGCCCUGAAGACUCGAGACCGCGUUAUCAAGAACAGCUACAAGCUCUCUAAGGACGAGAACUCGUCCCUGGAGCUGAGAGACCAAGGCUUCACCCGGCCCAAGGUCUUGUUUCUUCUCCCGACCAGGCAAUCAUGUGCCAAAAUGGUGGGCAUGAUUGAAAACCUCUGGGAACCAGACCAGAGGGAAAACCGCAAACGCUUCGAGGAUGCAUAUGUGGACAAGUCGGAAAAGUUCCGCGACCAGAAACCGGCCGACUUUUUGGAUCUCUUCGACGGGAAUGACGACGACAUGUUUCGGUUGGGCGUCAAGUUCACACGGAAGACGAUCAAAUACUUUGCCCAGUUCUACAACUCGGACAUAUUGAUGGCGAGCCCUCUAGGCCUGCGUAUGGCCAUCGGGACUGAAGAGGACAAGAAGAACAUGGACUAUGACUUUCUCAGCUCCGUCGAGAUGGUGGUCGUGGACCAGGCCGACGGGCUGCUGAUGCAAAACUGGGAACAUGUCGAGUACAUCUUCGAACACCUGAACCGACAGCCGAGGGAUUCCCACGGUUGCGACUUCAGCCGCGUCCGGACAUGGUAUCUCGAGGAUUGGGCCAAGUAUUUCCGGCAGACCAUCAUCCUAUCGCCCUUCGUCACGCCCGAGCUCACCGAGCUGUUCCGGACCCAGUGCCGCAACUGGGCCGGCAAAGUCCGCUUUCAACCCGACUACCAGGGCCUGCUACAGCAGCUCCCCGUCCGCGCCAAGCAGACCUUCUCACGCUUCGAGUGCAGCGCCAUCGGCAAGGACCCGGAUACGAGGUUUGCGUAUUUCACCUCGGCCAUCGUACCGUCGCUGGCCAGGCGGGCCCGGGAGCUCAAAGGCACGCUCCUUUUCAUCCCGUCGUACCUCGACUUCGUGCGGGUGCGCAACUAUUUCGCCACAUCGCCUGCGGCCGAAGCCAUCACCUUCGGCACGCUUUCCGAGUACGCCGAGGCGGCGGACACGGCCCGCGCGCGCUCGCACUUCCUCAGUGGCCGUCACAAAGUGUUGCUAUACACGGAGCGGGCGCACCACUUCCGUCGCUACAAGCUCCGGGGCGUUCAGCGCGUCAUCAUGUACGGCUUACCGGAUAAUCCCAUCUUCUAUCAGGAGAUUGCAGGAGGAUACCUCGCUAGGAGCGAGCAGGACAUGAAGCUGGCGCCUGGGCAGGGGAGCGUACGGGUCAUGUUCUCCAAAUACGACGUGAUGAAGCUGGAGCGGGUAGUCGGGACGCAGAGAGUAAGAAAGAUGAUCCAGGAAAAAGGUGACACCUUUGACUUUGUGUGAGUUGAGCGUUGGAUUUCCUUCUGCCCCCUCUGUGGACAGCUCGGUCUUGGAUUUCUGUCUCAAUUUUUAUAUAUAUACAUAUUUGAACCGUCUAGAUAUAGCCAUAAAAAAAGAUAGACCAGACAUGUUCUUGGAACUAGUAGUACAUCUGGAAUGAGCUUUCGUCGUAGUGAUACAGUGGGGUGGCUGUGAUGUUGACAGCCGUUUCUGUUUCCCCUUGCAAAUCCCUCCUUGCUCUGCAGCUCCUCACGCCAGCCGGAAUCGGACACUCCAGUAGAGUGGCUGGUCAGUAUAGCGUCGUUGGCCACUUUCCUCUUCCAUUCCUGAUCUUUCCCCCUCCAAU